CGACUGCGAAACCGGGGAGGAGUGGGCCGUGUCCGCGGGAGUGUACACGCCCCCGGGGCUGCCGGCGUUCCCGUACGUAGAAGCCCCGGCGAACGUAGAAGUAGCAAUCUCCUGGGACGCGAACCACACCCAGGAACCAAGAACAAGCGCAGUACAACACUGG